AUGUCAGUAUCAACCACCUAGUCGCCAGAAAUUACCUCAUAGCUAGAUAACUACGACGAGAUAUUCGAAAACUACUCAAGAAUUUGGAGAGAGGCAAUUGCCCAGGACUAUUAGACCCAUUUUAAGGGACUCGAAAACUAAGAGAUGAGUGGCAAACCAAAGUCCUCUCUAUUUUCCCAAGUUUAUCAGUCAGUUGCUCCAGCAACUACCAUGAACAGCAACUUACUUAGAUAACCCUCGGUUUACUCAGGCUAAACCCAGAAUAACAAUGUCAUUCUUGAGCCUAACAUGAAUACCUAACAGCUCCUAGACUAAUUCACUCAGAAGGUAGACUAAUUAAAUCAGCAGCUAAUCCAAAAUAGAGAGGAUAGAGUUUAGGGGUGGGCUUAAAAAAUUAUUUAUGCUUUUAAGAUUUACUCAACUCAGCAAUUGAGCACGUUCAAAAACUAGAAAGGAAUGUAAUUUACUAACCCUAUGGAUAAAUUAAAAGAUACCAACCUAUCACUAAGUAAAGGCGCAUUACAAAAUUCUAGACAAAUAGGCGUAAACUCAAACAACUAGUUCUUGAACAAAGGAAUUAAUUCCCAAUUCUCAUCACCUAGCAUUGGAUCAGCUAAUUACAAUGAUUACUCUUAUUUCUCAGGCAGCAACAAUAUGUCUUCAGGCAUGAUCAAUGGCAAGCACCAGACUAGACAGCACCUAGUUGAGAACAUUCGUCAGCCACUUUUCCCAUUGAUGACAAAUGAUGCUGGCCAAGUGUUGCAGCCAGCUCAGCAGCCAUUGCAGAAUAAAAUGAACUUUGACAACGACGACAUCUACUCAAGUUAAUAAAAUGUAGACUUUAUUGUUUGCAACAACAAACAAUAAAAAGUGAAUACUCAUGUAAAUAACACUAUCUAUCCAACUUCUAAUAAUAACAAUAUGACAAACAACCAUAUUAGCAACUUAAACAAUAAUAGCAACAACAUCACUGGAGAUUUCCAGAGCAUCAAGACCUAAGGCGGGGGCGCGAGCAACAGCAGCAGAACCAAAGAUGAAGAGAAUGAUUUCAACUUCUCAUUCGACGAAGACUUUUUCUUCGAAAUCUAGAAAGGAGGAAUCGACCUAGACGAAUGA